AUGUUCCCCUUCACAUUCCACACCCUUCGGCGGAUAGUGAUCCCAAUAAUUUUGAUAUACCUCUUCCUUGCCGCCCUAUUCUACAUCCACAGCUUGAAUCUGAAUCCGCAAAAAGCGCCGGAUUUUGGAUUCGACAAGAAAAAGCCGAUCGAUGGCCCGUUGGUUAUGCGAGACAACAUCUUCGAGGAUGGCCAGAGAAAAGUGAUCGGAGGCGUGGUUCUGCUGAACCCGAUGACUUUAGAUCAAGGGGAUCCGCCGAUUCAGAAACUGAAUAGCACUCCGGUGGAGGAUUUGAAAGUCAAUGAGGAGUUUUUGAAGGUAAAAAUGAGAUUUUUUAUAUUGUACUAGAGUAGGUCUUCAAGGGUCAGAACUCCAAGAGAGACUUUUCGAUUACCUUCAAAUUUUGCAUACAAAGUGCAGAUAGGUUAUGUAUCAAUCACUGAAAAUUUGAGGUCAUUUCUUAAAGGGAAAGCUGAGAUAUUCAAUGAUCUUGAGAGAGAGCACGUAAAAUGAGGAGGUCGGUCAGACAAAAAUAUCACAAUUUUGUCUAUAACUUUUCGAGUUCUUUUUGGAAAAGGCUGAUUUUUAGUGGAAACACGGUUCGUAUUAUUAGUAAUAACGCCGGAAAUUACCAGGCCGAUAAAUCCAAGAAAAAUGUCAAAUUUUUAAAUUUUUUUGAAUGCAAAAUUUAACUUUUUUUUGAUUUUUAAUUAAAAUUUUUCUGGUUUUGUGUAAAAUUAGAUACAAAAAGCAUUUACACCACAAAUAUAAAUUUUUCAAGAGGAUUUUGAAAAGUUCUUGGCAAAAAAAAUUUUUUUUCUCUGUCAACUCUCCUCAUUUUACGUGCUAUCUCUCAAAAAAGUUUUUCGAAUAUCUCAACUGCGCUUGGAAAAGGCGAGAAAAAAUUUGUAGGGAUUUACCUGUGAUCUAUGUAGAGUGUAUUUGCAAAAUUUCAAAAAAAAUCGACUGAUUUUUUUCGAAAUUUUUUAUCGAUUGAAAAAUUUUUAUGCUCCAAAAUCAACAUUAAAAUGAUUUUUGAAAUCUAAAAACCCUAUUUUUCAGGGUCUAAUCCGCAAAUCCAAAAAAAUCCACGACAAAAACGAUCUCGUUAUGUUCACCAUGAUCAAUGAUGCCUACCUCAAUUUAACGCUGAAUUGGCUGUGUAAUACGUACUCUCUGCCGGGGCAAUCGGUCCACGAUAAGACGGUGUUCGUCACGGUUGGGAAUGAAACAUGCAAGAGGAUUCAAAAGGAUUGGCCAAAGGUGGAAUGCGUCGAAAUGAAGGCGGACUCGGCCUAUGGGAGCGCAAUGGACUGGGGGACCAAUGGAUAUGCGAAAUUCCUGGAGGCGAGGUUGAAAAUGAUCAUUAAGCUGGUUGAGGUGAGUAGUGAACCUUUUCGUAGUGAUUAUUAAUUUGCAAAUAUCAGUUUGUCGGGAAAAUAAUGAGCACAAUGUAGCUGCGCCAAUUGUGUCGCUAAAGUGAAAAGCAAUUUGAUUUUGCCGCGACACAAUUAAGUUCUUCUGCGGCGAAGCGAUUUUCGAUGCGACAGAGUGCUCAUUAUUUUCUCGACAGACUGAUAUUGUAUUGAAAAUAUAAUAUUUUAACAAUGAAACCCUACGUAAUUUCGACACUUUUCAUUCUACAGUAAUGGAAAAGUAGUGGGAAUUGGAAUUUGCAUCAUUUUUCCGCGACAACCUGCUAUUAUUUUCCCGACAAAGUGAUGUUAUAAUAGUAAUAAGACUUUCACAUCAUGAAUCCACAUUAUUUUCCCGACAGACUGCUUCUUGGACAUUUUUUUGCUUUCCGCACCGUGCACAAAACCCCCCGGUUUUUUGCACCGUGCAUUUCACAUUUUUUUCUUUUUUUUGGUUUCGCACUGUGCGGCGAAAAUGUCGCUGCGACAUAAGAAAGUUUCAACAAGUCGCAGCGUCGAGAAUUCGCACAGUGCAAACGGCUUUUUUGUGGUUUGCACUGUGCGAAAGAGAAAAAAUGCACUGUGCGUUGGCGACAAGCGUGGAAAAGAUUUUUGUAUUUGCACGGUGCAAACGGCUUUUUUGAGGUCUACACUGUGCGAAAUCAGAAAAAUGCACUGUGCGUUGGCGACAAGCGUGGGAAAAGGUUCAAAAUGCACUGUGCGAAAAAGAAAAAAUGUCCAUGCACUUUAUGAAAAUACUAAUAUCUCUUUGUCGGGAAAAUAGUGAACUCUACGUCGCAGAAAAUCGCAUCGCCGCCAAGAAAAUGAACUGUCUCGCGACAAAAUCAGAUUGCUUUCUCUUCAGCGACGCGAUCCGCAAAAACUACAUUGUGCUCAUUAUUUUCUCGACAGACUGACUGUAGUAUAUGUACAGGGUGACCCAAAAAAACGAUCAUCAAAUUUGUUUGUGUCCUACCGCGAAAAUUUUUAGGUGCAUGGAAAUAAUUCUCGCACUGUUAAAUUCUCCGUGUUUUUCUGUCCUAGUCCUUCCCUUUUCAUGUCCAUAUCGAUUGACUAACAUGCUUUUUUUAAAUGUCAAACAAAGGAACUGCGAUUUUGGGGCCGUUUCUACAAAAGGAAACUUGUUAAUUUGCUAGAUGUGGAAAGGAUGCUGUGUCGAAAACAAUCACAAGAUACAAGUAGCUUGGUAACAUUAGUAAGCGUCCAGGAAGUGAAAGAAAACGCACCUCCAACGCUUCUGCGAGACGCGGGAUCAUUAACAACAAAAUCGACGAAUUUCGAGAAAAAAUCGCCCGCAAAAACGGUAUCAUCGAUCGAUCCGUCUACCAAGUAGCCAAAGAUAAGCCCAACCCCGUACUGUACAAGCUGCAAAAAGGUCAACUCCUCAAGGGCGACAACAAGCGUGUACAGCGCCAGAGAUGCCGGAAACUCAAGGGUCGGGCCGCAGCUCAAAGACAUGAGCGCAUUCCCUUCGCGGUUCAACGUCUAGCGGAAGCACGACUACCAAAACGACAGGAUCUGACUCAAUAAGGCCCCGAGCACAUUAGCUAACGUCGAAACCCGAAAAAAUCCGGAGCGUUUCCCUCUGUGGCGGAAUUUGUGCCAGCGGCAAGAAAUCCAUGCUUUUAGUGGAUCAAGAGGGCAAAAUUUUAGCGCCGCGUUAAUCUCUAUCUCGUCGUGCUUCCGUUGACUCAGAAGAACCUUGGCGAUGCAAAUUUGGCGUUCCAGCUAGACUCAGCGCUGGUUCACAAAGCAAAAGCGACUCAAGACCAGUAAUGGGACCGAUUUUUCCGAUUUCACCGGGUCUGCGAAAUGUGCCCUUGCUCGCCGGAUCUGAAUCCAAUGAACUGCAAUUUUUUUCAAUUGAAGGCCAGCACCUGUACUAUACGUCACAAAAGUUUGGAGCCACUGAGUGAUCGCUGCGCUGAGAACGGGAACGAUUUCCCAGAAAAAAGUUGCGGCCCCGAGCCCAAAACUUUAAGUCAUGUCUGGAGCUCUAUAUCGCCGCCAAGUGCAGCUGCUUUAAAACUAGCUUAAUACUUCAUCACCAGGAUUGCUGUUUAUCGUUUGAAUUCAUAAGUUUUUGCUUGUACCAAAAAAUAAGGUUUUUAUUCCGAAAAGUCUUGAUGAUCGUUUUUUUGGGUCACCCUGUAUAUAAUACUUUCAUUUUUCAGGCCAACCUAAACCUUGUAAUCUUCGAGACGGAUGCUGUUUGGUGGAAAAACCCGAUGCAAUUGUUCCAUGAGGCCUUCAAUAACACGGAAACGGACCUUACAAUCCCAGUGAACUUCAAAGAAACUAAUGGCCAGAAAUUCGCGUUUGACCCGAUGUGUGUUCGCCCAACGUAUGAGACGAAGACAGUGUUCAAGGAGAUCCAGGAGAGCUUGAAAAGCCAGAAGAAAUUGAUGGAUCAGGUGGGGAAAUUUGAAGUUUUUACGAAAUAUUGACAUCUCUAGAAGCCUUAAAUAUGUAAGAAUGUAUAAUACGGCCAGGAAAAGUCACUGUUUUUGUUUAAGCCGAUCAAUUUAAUAUUUUUGGUCAAUUAAAAAAUUUUGAAGCCAAAAAGAUGUCAAUUUUGAAAUCAAAAAUAGUAGGUAAAACUAUAUCAGGGACGUAUUUUACAUUGACAUUAAUUUCUGCCUAAAAUUUUUUAAUUUGGUAAAUUUCGACCAAGCGGGAAUCGAACCUGCCCCAAAUUUUGUUUUUUCACAACCAAUUGCGCCAUUCGGACACACUGUCCGAAAUUUUAUAAAAACCAAGUCUGCAUGCCCUAAGGGCUUUAAAAAGAUCCUUUGACUUUUUUACAACCCUUUAUCUUACUAAUAAUUACUAUUAGGUUGAUGCAAAAGGAAUUGCGGACUUUUUAAUUUAUUCGUAUUUUUUUAUAGGAUAGCUCAAUUCAAAAAUGGAAAAAGGUAUAUAGUAGUAAAUUUUAAGAGGAUUUUUUCUGUAUAUAUGCUAUUCUCAUAAAAGUUAUCAAACGUUACCAUAAGUUACCAUGAAAGUAACCUAAAUAUGUUAGUAUAUUUUAAACCAAUUUUUUUACAUAUUUUUUUGCGGCUUUAUCCAUUUUUGAAAAGAUUUUGAUAAAAUACAUUAUAUUCUAUCAAAAAACAAAAAAAACCCCAUUUUUGGCAAAGCGUUAAAACGCUAUCCUAAAAAUUCAAUUUCAGCAAAUUUUACAAAUUGUGUCAUAUAUUUUUUUAAAUAAGUCCAAAAUAAAAAAUUCUUUUUGCUUUCGAUUAGUAACAACAUUUUUAAGGCUUUCGUGAAAAAAAGACAUCAAAAUCUUGAAUUUUAUUUUUUGGUAAAAAAAUGUCAAAAAAAUAAAUUUUUUGAUUUUGAUGUUUUUUGUCACAAAAAUCUUAAAAAUGUUGUUACUAAUCGAAAGCAAAAAGAAUUUUUUAUUUUGGACUUAUUGAAAAAAAGAUAUGACACAAUUUGUAAAAUUUGCUGAAAUUGAAUUUUUGGGAUAGCGUUUUAACGCUUUGCCAAAAAUGGGGUUUUUUUUGUUUUUUGAUAGAAUAUAAUGUAUUUUAUCAAAAUAUUUUCAAAAAUGGAUAAAGCCGCAAAAAAAUAUGUAAAAAAAAUGGUUUAAAAUAUACUAACAUAUUUAGGUUACUUUCAUGGUAACUUAUGGUAACGUUUGAUAACUUUUAUAAGAAUAGCAUAUAUACAGAAAAAAUCCUCUUAAAAUUUACUACUAUAUACCUUUUUCCAUUUUUGAAUUGAGCUAUCCUAUAAAAAAAUACGAAAAAAUUAAAAAAACCGCAAUUCCUUUUGCAUCAACCAUACUUUUAGGACAUUCUCAACGCAAAAUGCGCUAAAAAAUCAAUUCGCUGUAAAUCCUUCAAAUGGUCGGAUGUCGCGGAUGGAAAAUGGUUCAAAAUGAGUCAGAAGGAGAGAAAAAAUUAUAAGCCUUACAUCGUCAAUAAUAAUUACUAUAUUGGAGCGAAAAAUAAGAUGAGCCGACAAGCCCUGAACAACGCGUGGUUUUUGAGCCCCAAGGGCAUUUGCAACAGCUCCAAGACCAAGAAAGCGCUGGCCAAACAAGCCUAG